GUUUGGUAGUCAACUGGUCAGGUCAAGGAUUGCAAAAACUGGGUCCAACCUUACCCUGUGAUGCUGAUACUCACACUCUGAUACUGGACAAAAACCAGAUAAUUAAAUUGGAACACUUGGAGAAAUGCAGGAAUCUGAUGCAGCUCUCUGUAGCCAACAAUCGUUUGGUGCGAAUGAUGGGUGUAGCAAAACUGACUAAGCUCCGGGUGCUAAACUUGCCUCAUAAUAGUAUUGGGUAUGUGGAAGGGCUGAAGGAUUUGGUGCACCUGGAAUGGCUGAACUUGGCAGGAAAUAACCUUAAGGCCAUUGAACAAAUCAAUUCCUGUCUAUCCCUUCAGCAUCUUGAUUUGUCAGACAAUAACAUAGCUCAAUUAGGCGAUCUCUCCAAGCUUACGUCGCUGAAGACUCUCUUGCUACAUGGAAAUAUUAUAACUUCACUUCGCACUGCCCCUGUUUGCCUACCUCAGAAUCUGACUGUUUUUUCUUUGGCAGAAAAUGAAAUCAGAGACUUAAAUGAGGUUUCUUUCCUGGCCUCUCUUCGUCAAUUGGAACAGUUGUCCAUUAUGAACAAUCCUUGUGUGAUGGCCACACCUUCCAUCCCUGGCUUUGACUACAGGCCGUAUAUUGUCAGCUGGUGUCUGAACCUUAAAGUUCUUGAUGGAUAUGUGAUUUCUCAGAAGGAGAGUUUGAAAGCAGAAUGGCUCUACAGUCAAGGUAAAGGAAGAUCAUACCGACCUGGGCAGCAUGUUCAGCUGGUCCAGUACUUGGCUACUGUUUGUCCUCUUAUAUCUACAUAUGGUCUCCAGACUGAAGAGGAUGCCAAACUGGAAAAAAUACUGAGUAAGCAAAGGCUCCACCAGAGGCAGUUGAUGCAUCAAAACCAAAACGAAGGACCACCUACAUCUUCUACUCCCAACAAAAUGCUACCAGUUACUUAUGAACACAGCAGUCCAGCCCAGCCACCACAGAUAGUUCUUGAAAGUGAACCUAUCGUCCAGAAGAAUUCUUGGGUUGGACCAAGUGCAAAUGAUGAUCAUUCCUAUGCAGUAAAGAACACUUUUCUUCUUGAAAGUUUUCGCAAGGAGCUAUACCUUGAAGAUAUACAGACAGAUGAAGACAAACUAAACAGCAGCCUUUUAUCCUCAGAGUCUACUUUCAUGCCAGUUGCUUCAGGAUUGUCUCCAGUGUCUCCUACUUCAGACCUGAAGCUACAUGGAAUCAAUUUGGGCCUAGAAGAUGAUGAUACAGUGAUUGAAUGUGUGAGAGAGAUUAAUAGCAGAGAAACAGCUAACAAGCAAGAAGCUUCAUGUAUUACAGGAGAGCACUCCAGCAGAACAGUGGGAAGCAUGGAAUCUCAAGAGAAUAUCAAAGAGAGUAUGCUGUUGACCUCUGAUCCAGUAACAGUGAGCCUGACGGCUAAUACUAGCAACUCUUCAGCAUCUUCUGAAGACCAAGGUCUGCAUAGUCACCCCAGCACCUCAGUAGGUGCUGAAUCGGGAGUUACAACUCUCUGUCUUGACCAGAGGGCAGGAGAAAGUUCUGAUGCAUUAGCUGUUGUUGAUCAAGGUGCAGGUGAACUACAAAGAAUGACUAAAGCAGCUACCAAGCUUCAAGCCUGCUGGAGAGGAUUUUAUACAAGGAACUACCAUCCCAGGGCCAAGGAAGUGCGGUAUGAAAUUCGGCUAAAAAGAAUGCAGGAGCAUAUCAUUUGCUUAACUGAUGAAAUAGAAAAACUAAGAAAAGAAAGAGAGGAAGAUAAGAUUCAGAGGCUUGUACAGGAGGAAGCUGUCAGAUUUCUCUGGAACCAGGUUAAAUCCCUUCAACAGUGGCAGCUUUCAGUGACACAAAAUGUAGGUGCCACUUGGCAACCUGGGAUCCCUUCAGCUGGUACUUUCUGUCCAUCCGAGCCAUCUACUCGAUCAUCCGCGCUUGAGCAAGGAGCCCCACCAGCUGUUAGUUCUGCUUGGUUAGUUCCAGCUAGUGAUGUUCUUCAGGAAAAGUCUUUGUUGCAGUUCCCAGAUUCUGGUUUUCAUUCUUCCAUGGCUGAUCAGACUCAUGCCAGUGACUUUUGUAGCUCUGAAAAGAGUUUAACAGAAGGGACUGAGAGCUCUCUUUCAAUGGAAACUGUCAAACAAUGUGGCCAUUCUGUUUCAUCGUAUUCCUCAGAUGUAGAGGAUGGCUGUGGGAAAUGUGGGCAAAGUAAAGAGAGCUCUAGUAAUGAGCAGGACAACGGACUAAUACAACAGUAUUUGGAAUCUGUUCAGCAGCUGGAAGAGGCUGAUGAAGGAACACAUUGCAAUGAUGAAACAGACGGUAGCUGGCCACCGAUCGCUGUUUCAGCAGAAAGCCAAGGUUCUUCAUUUGACACUGUCUCUGUAGACCUCCCUCAAGAUACAUCUUCCCCUGCCCGCAGUGAAAUCAGUCAGGCACCAGAAAGCUGCAAACUGAAUUCAGGAAUGGUAGAAGGGAAGCAAACGGACUGCGAUUCUUCAUUUCAGAUGCUGCAUGUUGGGAUAGCUGUGUAG